UCCAAUAUUCCAGUUCAGGUUCCACACUGUAACCCUAGCGAUCGAAUUAAAUCCUGCAGAACUCGGGAAAAAGAAUAAGGUACCCCAAGGAUGAGCACGUAUAUGAGUCGAUUGUUUCCGAGAUCAAAUUCCAGCAUUUUCUUAUGCAGUGGACAAGCCAUUAAAGCUGAUGCUCUACGCUUAAGGGAACAGACUUGGUUGGUGGAUGCAGGAAUUGGGAGCCCUAGAAUUUGUACGCAAGAUGAGACCUCCGUUACCGGAAAGGGAGUCAAUCGAUUCGAGGACAAGGUGGGAUUCCUCGACAGCGGAGCGGGGGGCGGCGAGUCACUGGUCAGAAAGCGGAUUCUGGAGAGAUUCUUCGUCGAUUUAGUGAGCGGUGAUUCGUUGAUCAAAGAGCGAGCCGCCGUUAGGUUUAAUGAUUUGCUUGGAUCGAGGGCUCUCGAUGUAGUCGCCGGCGAACCGACCCUCCUUAAUCCACGGAGGUUCAGGCAAACCCUAGUUUGGCUUGAACUGAAUAGGCUUAGGCGAAGCAAUUCAACGGUCAGAGGCUUUUAUAUUGAUAAAGUAAGAGGAGGUUAUUCGGUAGCCAUCGCUGGUUACGUUGCUUUUCUUCCGUACAAUCGUUUCACAACAAGAUUGGGCAGAAAUUUAUCAAAUGAUCGAUUCACCAUCGAAAAUAUUGAACGCAAAAGUAAGAGUGUGGUGGUGUUCUGAGAAUUUGGGGGUAUUACACCUACAUUUGGUGUUUUAAUGUUCGAUUUUUUAAGACUUAUCUUUUGAAUGCCAAUGUUGUCUCAGUUUCCUUUGGCUUUAAAAUAAUUGUUUUCGACAGUUUGA